UGCACUGAAGCAGCCUCCGUUCAAUCCCGUUUUAAUUUCUCUCAGGUGCCUCAGAGCAGCUCAAUUUGUGCUCCUUCACAGCAGCUUUGUCUGAUAUAUAAUGUCAGAUUUCGAGGAGUUUGAGAAACAGCUAAGCGAGAAUCGACAAGAGAGAGAAAGAGAGAGGCACAAAAAGCGGAGUCGCAGCGGAUCUCCAGGCCGCGGCGACAAGCAUCGCAGCUGGAGCAAAGACAGAGGAAGCCGCAGCCGAGAGAAGAGGAGCCGCAGCCGGGAUCGGAAAAGCCGAGACCGCCGCAGCUCCUCCCGGGAGCACAAGAAACACAGCCAUUCACCGAGGCGGACAAAAAAGAAAAAGACUUGCAAAUACUGGGAUGUGCCUCCUCCAGGCUUUGAACACAUCACACCAAUGCAGUACAAAGCUAUGCAAGCGGCGGGUCAGAUUCCAACAAUAGCUCUGCUGGCAACAGCCACCACCACCGGAGUGGUGGCAGCACCGACACAAGUGCCCAUAGUUGGCAGUCAGAUGACAAGGCAAGCCAGACGCCUGUAUGUUGGAAACAUCCCCUUUGGCGUCACAGAGGAAUCGAUGGCAGAGUUCUUCAACGCUCAGAUGCGCCUGGCAGGCCUUUCACAAGCACCGAGCAACCCUGUUCUGGCUGUUCAGAUCAAUCAGGAUAAAAACUUUGCUUUCCUAGAGUUUCGUUCUGUAGAUGAGACGACGCAGGCCAUGGCCUUCGACGGGAUCAUUUUCCAGGGUCAGUCGCUGAAGAUCAGGCGGCCUCAUGAUUAUCGUCCCUUACCUGGACUCUCAGAACAACCGGCCUUCCAUGUUCCAGGUGUCGUCUCCACGGUCGUUCCUGACUCACCUCAUAAACUAUUCAUCGGAGGCCUGCCUAAUUACCUCAAUGACGACCAGGUGAAGGAGCUCCUGACGUCAUUCGGGCCUCUCAAAGCCUUCAACCUGGUGAAGGACAGCGCCACGUCGCUGUCAAAAGGUUACGCCUUCUGUGAAUACGUGGACAUCAGCGCCACCGAUCAGGCUGUUGCUGGGCUCAACGGGAUGCAGCUGGGCGACAAAAAGCUCAUCGUCCAGAGGGCAAGCGUGGGAGCUAAAAACGCCAAUCCUACGUCCAUUAUAGAGACCCCAGUGACGCUGCAGGUUCCUGGACUCCAGAGGCUGCAGAAUUCCGGCAUGCCCACAGAGGUGCUGUGUCUCCUCAACAUGGUGAUGCCAGAGGAGCUGGUGGACGACGAGGACUACGAGGAGAUCCUGGAGGACAUCCGGGAGGAGUGCUGCAAGUACGGGAACGUCCGUUCCAUCGAGAUUCCCCGACCCGUCGACGGCGUGGAAGUGCCCGGCUGUGGAAAGAUCUUUGUUGAAUACGUCUCUCCUGCAGAAUGUCAGAAAGCCAUGCAGGCUCUCACCGGCCGCAAGUUUGCCAACAGGGUGGUGGUGACCAAGUACUACGAUCCAGACAUGUAUCACAGACAUGAGUUUUGAUUGAGCAGACCGGUCCUUACCCAGUCUUUUUCAAUCCUCCUCUAAAUGUUGUGAAUGUGUCGAUUUGAGACCAAACCGGAAAACUUUCACUACGUAAUCUUUAUCACCACCGAUUAAUCCA